AGCUCCAGGAGCCCCAAACACAGGUUCCAGAGGCCAGCACGGAAAGCACAGCCGGACUCUCGAAGGCGUGGGAACCGGAGCGGGGCGCUCCUCCUCCCAGGUUGGGCGGAGCCGGGCCUCGCUGGGCAAGUGCGUGAGGCCGCGCCGGGCGCUCAGUCGCGGCGGGCGUUGCUGCGCGGUGCGCGGGGCUAGGGGCGCGCUCGCACCGCUCUGGGGCUGAGCCCGGCCAGGGUCCGCGCGCGGAGCCACUUCGGAGCGCGCCGUCCCGACCCACCUAGGCGCUUUGCCCCGCCCCGACGUUCCCGCCAGUGGCCUAACCUGCUUGACUCGCCGCAACUCCCGGCGGCAGCAGGUGGCCUCGGACUCGCCGCCGUCACCGCUGCCCGAGCGGGCCGCGCGGGCAGGAGCCCUCUCGGUCGCCCCCGACAGGCGGGAUGGAGCCGGACGGGGACCUGGAGGAGCUGGCCCGGCUGCGCUCCGUCUUCGCCGCCUGCGACGCGAACCGCUCGGGGCGCCUGGAGCGCGAGGAGUUCAGCGCGCUGUGCGCGGAGCUGCGCGUGCGGCCGGCCGACGCCGAGGCCGUGUUCCAGCGGCUUGACGCCGACCGCGACGGCGCCAUCACCUUCCAGGAGUUCGCGCGCGGCUUCCGCGGGGCCCACCGCGGGAGACGGCGCUGGGGCCGGGGGCCGCGGGAGCCCGCGUUCACUGCGGCCCUGGUGGGGUCCGACCCCGGGGACAGCCAGGAGGACGAGGGCGACGAGGACGCGGCGGCGGCACUGGCCGCCCACUGGGACUCGGCGAGCCCGGGCCAGGCUUGGCAGGACUUCCAGGCGCGACUCGGGGACGAGGUCAAGUUCAUCCCCAGAAAAGAGCAAGUUAGUACCUUGUAUCAAAACAUCAACCUCGUGGAGCCAAGACUAAUUCAGCCAUAUGAACAUGUUAUAAAGAACUUCAUCCAUGAGAUCAAACUUCAAAGCACAGAAAUGGAAAACCUGGCCAUUGCAGUGAAGAGAGCCCAGGACAAGGCAGCCAUGCAGUUGAGUGAAUUGGAAGAGGAAAUGGAUCAGAGGAUUCAGGCUGCAGAACACAAGACACGGAAAGACGAAAAACGCAAAGCUGAAGAAGCCCUCAGUGACCUCAGGCGUCAGUAUGAAACAGAAGUGGGAGAUCUACAGGUGACAAUAAAGAAACUCAAAAAGCUAGAAGAACAAUCAAAACACGUAAGUCAAAAGGAAGAUGUAGCUGCAUUAAAAAAACAAAUUUAUGACUUAUCAAUGGAAAAUCAGAAAGUUAAGAAAGAUCUUUUAGAAGCACAGACAAACAUAGCCUUUCUUCAGAGUGAAUUAGAUUCUUUGAAAAGUGAUUAUGCUGAUCAGAGUCUGAAUUCUGAAAGGGAUCUGGAAAUAAUCCGAGAGUACACAGAAGAUCGAAAUAGUCUUGAGAGGCAAAUUGAAAUACUCCAAACAGCUAACAGGAAACUGCAUGACAGUAACGAUGGCCUAAGGAGUGCCCUUGAAAACAGUUACAGCAAGUUCAACAGAUCCUUGCGCAUAAAUAAUAUAUCACCAGGGAAUACAAUUUCCAGAAGCAGUCCUAAAUUUAAUGCUCAUUCUCCUCAACCUCUGGGCUAUGACAGGUCAUCCCGCUCUUCCUACAUGGAUGAGGACUGUGACUCUCUGGCCCUCUGUGAUCCCAUGCAGAGGAUAAACUGUGACAUUGACAGCCUGCCAGAGAGCUGCUUCGACAGCGGCUUGUCUACCCUGAGAGAUUUCAAUGAGUAUGACUCGGAGGUGGAGUACAAGCACCAGAGGGGAUUCCAGAGGUCACACGGCACACAGGAGAGCUCUGGGGGUGAUGCUUCAGACACAGACGUUCCUGAUAUCAGGGAUGAAGAGACAUAUGGCUCAGAAGGCGUGGCUUCCAUCCUGGACUGGAAGCCGCAGGAGUCUGCUAGUGAAGGCAGUGUCAUCAGCUCCUUGAGGAAGCCCAUCUCAGCACUUGCACCACAGACAGACAUGGUGGAUGAUAACCAUGAAUCUUCCAGCUCACAGAAGGCUUACAAGAUUGUGCUGGCUGGGGACGCUGCAGUAGGAAAGUCAAGUUUGCUCAUGAGACUUUGCAAGAAUGAAUUUCGAGGAAACACAAGUGCCACCCUGGGAGUCGAUUUUCAAAUGAAAACUCUCAUUGUAGACGGAGAGCGAACAGUACUGCAGCUCUGGGAUACCGCUGGCCAGGAGAGAUUCAGAAGUAUUGCCAAGUCUUAUUUCAGAAGAGCAGAUGGUGUUUUGCUGCUGUAUGACGUUACGUGUGAGAAAAGCUUUCUUAAUGUACGAGAAUGGGUAGAUAUGAUUGAGGAUGCAGCCCAUAACAGCAUUCCUAUCAUGUUGGUAGGAAACAAGGCUGAUCUUCGUGAUGCUGCUGAAGCGGAAGGACAAAAAUGUGUCCCAGGGUACUUUGGAGAAAAACUGGCCAUGACCUAUGGGGCAUUAUUUUGUGAAACAAGCGCCAAAGAUGGUUCGAAUAUAGUGGAAGCUGUUCUCCACCUUACUCGGGAAGUGAAAAAAAGAACUGAUGAGGAUGACAGCAAAUCCAUUACCAAUCUGAGUGGGACCAGUUCCAAAAAGUCAACCCAGAUGAAGAAUUGUUGCAAUGGUUAAAUCCAAAAGAUCCUUGGCCCACGAAGCCUUCAUUCCCAGAGUACUGAAUGUACGUGACUUACCUGCUUCCUACAUGGAGUGGUACGUCCUACAGGCCCUGUCGUAUGGAGAGUUACAGUGUGGGAAAUCUGAACUGUGCUCUCAGGUCCCUCCAGAACCUCGGCUCUUUUUUGCUAUGUUUCAAUGAGUGAUUUGGGCCCCCUGGUUAAAUAUACCUGUCUUAUCCUUACAAAGUCUUAAUAGAUAAUGUGUAAAUGUUUUUAAAGGGGUUAAAAAAAAAAAAAAAGCACAUGCUCAGAUCAAAGCUAUAGAAGAAAUUCACUGACGUAAUUAGGUUCAUGUGGUAAAUAACCUAUGACAUUUACUUCCAAUAUUCAAUACUAGAAAACUAAUAAAAGGGGGUUACCAUCCUAGCUUUGCUGUAAACUAGCCUUGUGGUCUCAGACGUGUUGCCAACCCACAUUAGAUCCAUUUCCUCAUCUGUAAACAAGCAGCUUAGCCUUUCAGGCCUAGGCCCUCUCAGCUCUGUAGCUCUUUUAAGGAGUGAGAAGGAGAGCAUGAUGGCCCACAGUUAAUAAGGACUCUGCUUGUCUGUACUUUUAAUUCUUUUUUAUUUUUUUAUUUAUUUUUUUGCCAUACGCGGGCCUCUCACUGUUGUGGCCUCUCCCCUUGAGGAGCACAGGCUCCGGACGCGCAGGCUCAGCAGCCAUGGCUCACAGGCCCAGCCGCUCCGCAGCAUGUGGGAUCUUCCCGGACCGGGGCACAAACCCGCGUCCCCUGCAUCGGCAGGCGGACUCUCAACCACUACGCCACCACAGAAGCCCUGUCUGUACUUUUAAAAUAUUGGGGUAUUAAUUUUUCUCACUUCUUGUACAAGAACAGGAUUUGAGAAAAAAUGGUAAUGUUUUAAGCUCCAGUGGAGACAGAAAAAUCUAUUUUUUAUAUAUAAAGAAAGAAAACAAAAUAGUUGUUUUGGGGGACAAAAAUAGUUUGUAUAUAAAAGAGGGUAUUUUUUAAUCUCAGAAUACUUAUAAAGUCAAUGGUUUGAAUUCACUGUUAAAAAUUCUAAUGAAAAAAUAUAAAGCGACAUGCAACUGAAAAUACAAUGCCCAGGAAAGUUGUCACACUUCACUUAAAAAAAAAACACCAGCAAGAGACUGCCAGGGGCUGGUAAAAGGGAGGAAUUGAGAGUGACUACUAAUGGGUCUAUGGUUGCUUUGCGGGAUAAUGAGAAUGUUCUGGAAUUAUAUUGUGGUAAUGCUGCACAACUUGGUGAAUAUACUAAACCCCACUAAACUGUAUACUUUAAAUGGUGAAUUUUAUGGUAUGUGAAUUAUAUCUCAUUCAAAAAAUACGCUAGUAUUGAUUUAACAUUUUGCUGAAUGAAAAUAUGCAUGCUCAAACCUCCCCAUGGUUUACCCAGAGUAUAAUCUCCAGAAAAACGCAAAUCCCCUAACUCCGUGGUUGCCAGCAUUCUCCUCCUUAAAUAAUGAACAGUGAAAGAAACGUUAUGUGUAGUUUUGGAAAAUCACCUCUUUUGAAGAGGAAUUGUGGUUAGGGUACAGGUAACUCAGAGUCCUUUGUUUCAGGUGAUUAGGGACUCAUACUCACCAACAGCCUGAUAGGUUUUGCCCUCCUAGAAGCCGUACUGCCCCGCAGACUUCCCCACUGAAAUGUCUCCAAAAGCCAAAGGAGUCAGUACCUGACCCCAGAGUGGGUCAGCAAGGCAUGCUCUUUGGUUUUUGGUUUUGGUUUUGGUUUUGGUUUUCAGUGGCCUGAACCAGCUAAGUUAUUCCCAACUAGAGUCUUGAACUUACCUUUGUUCAUAGGUCCAGGCCCCAAAUAGCCUGCUGAAAAAACUUAAAUAAUAGCUCUUAUUUAUUGUAAUACAUAAGCUAAAAAAAUCCCUCUUGUAGAAUUAAAACAAUUCUAUUUAUGAUUUUUAUGAUCAUGUUAGCACACAGAGAUUAUAAUUAGCCACAACGUCCGUUUAGCUUUUCAAAGUGUGCCUUCUCUCUACUGGUGAGAUCUAGUUGGGUUUGUUUUUUGUUUUUUGUUUUUUGUUUUUUUUACUGGAAAGUUGGCUCUGUCCUCAACAACUCUACCAUGGAUUCCUGUUUUCUGUUUUUUGGUCCCAGGAGAAAAAAAAGUUUACAUUUUUUACCAAAAAGAAUGCCUUGCUGGUGGGGAAUUGUCAAACUGAACCAGGGAGGGAUGGUUAUUUUUGUGCCAUGGUGUGAUGAAAGUUUUGCCACUGCUGUUUGCCUAGGUGGCAUCUAUGGAGCCUAGGUUAGAAUAGGCCUGACACCUAUGUGUUGAUAUAUGGUACUCAAGUUUAGGUGUUUGGUGCAAUUGCACAAAACUCUGUUGGUAUACAUGUUAUUGUGUUGUCUUUAUUUAUUUUCCCACAAAGUGUCUAUAUUUGUCUUACAAUCUGUAUAUAAUAGUAUACCUUUGAUACAGAAGUAUUAUCUUGGUCUUUGCUUCUGGGUUGUACAGCCAGUGCACCCAAAUUGAUUAGAUUACAUAGGUGCCUGUGAUAAACAAAGCAAUCUUUAACUAAUUGAACCUGAAUAGAUAUUUUUGCAACAAAAUCCAAAUUAGAGACUUAUAGCUCCAUUAGAGACUUACAGCUCCGGUUAGCAAUCUUGUUUAAAGAAGAGCUACUUAUAGCUCUUUCAGUUGCCUUGCUAGGAAACCAAGAUUAUUACUAACAUUUGACUUCGUGAAGGUGUUCUCAAAUUUAGAGUAUAUUUUUGGUAAGAACAAAAAUAACUAAUGUUUUUAACUUGAACUUAAUUUGCUACACUUGCAUAGUUCUAUGCAAGUAACUCACCUUGUCUCAAUUUUUCCUUGGAGAGCUUUUAAAAAUCACAGUUAAACUACACCCUUUUUUAUGUAUCCUGACACAAUGGAUAAUAUUUUAGUUUUGUCAUGGAAAAGAACAUUGGCUAUGGAGACAUUUUUCACUGUUAACUUUUAGCCUCAUGCAUUUUCAUAAUUUAUUUUUUCCACUUGCUGCUUUAUAUGACAUAUGUGACAUUUGAUUAUGUAAUACUAAAUGUGAUUUGCAUGAAGCCAAACCAUACAACCCACUUGCUGAAGAUAAAAUUGAGUUUAAAGAUAUUUAUAUUCAUAUUUGUACAGUGAUCGGCUUCAGAGUCACAUUUUUUGUGGGCUUUUAUUGUAUAUGUGUAUGAGAAAUUUCAUAUGUAUAUAUUAAGAAGGCCUCUGAGUACUGAAUAAUUAUUUUAUGAUUUUGAUUUACAUGGUUGACAUUUUCAUGGUAUCGGCUAUAUUUCGUUUAUACUGUUUAUUUCUCUUCAAACCAUUAAUAAUUAUCCCGUAAAGUGUAAUUUUUAUAGCAAUGCAAAUGUCUAAGGAACUACAAAUAUUUUCUACAUCAUAAAUUCAAUAAAGCACGCUUGCUUUGGC